UAGACCACCUGUAUUUGAAUUAAAGAAACUGAGAAAUUACGUCAAGUAGUACCUGAGAGAUCUUUCAUUUAUUUUUAUUGUUUCUCCACUGUGCUAAUUUAAUGCAGAAGAGCAAGAUGGCCUUGCAUAUUAUCGCAGCGGCAUGUGAAAAUAUGGGCAUUGGAAACAAGGGGCAGCUACCAUGGCGUUUAAAAAAAGAAAUGGCAUUCUUUAAAGAGAAAACAAUGACAGCCAUCCCAGGCAAGCAAAAUGCUGUCAUCAUGGGACGUAAAACAUGGUUUUCCAUUCCUGAACAGUUUCGACCAUUAUCAGAACGAAUUAACAUUGUACUAACUACCACUCACACAGAUCUGCAAGGUCCACAUUAUGUUGCUGACUCAUUUGAAAAAGCAAUGGAGUGGCUGCAAUCUCCAGAGAUGAAAGAUAAAGUAGACAAGAUAUUUGUGAUUGGAGGAGAAGCAGUUUAUAAGAUAGCAAUGGACUCAGAUUACCAUCAAAUAGUAUAUCUGACACGUAUUCACAGCAAUUUUGAAUGUGAUGCUUUCUUCCCUCAUUUAGAUCCUGAAAAAUAUACUUUAACAGCUGAGCCGAAAGAUGUGUCUGAAGAAAUCCAGGAGGAAAAUGGAAUCAAAUAUAAGCAUGAAGUUUAUGUUAAAAAAUAAGUUUAAAAUGUGUACUUUUUGUAAACUUAGAAGACAAAAAAAGUUUGCUUUAUUUUGCAUUUUAAAUUGUUUGUAAACAAAUCUAUACUUAUGAUAUUUUCAUAAAUCUCUUCAGAAUAAAUCAUUUUUAUAUUUUAUCAUAUUUCAAUACCUAAUAAUUUGCUUCAGUUUAAUUUAUAAUUAUUAUAUAGUAUAAAGGUGUGAACUAGUAAAGUUGCAGAUUUCAGAAUUAAGCUUGCUUUAGUGAGGAAAUGUCAUUGAAUUCAUUCAUUCAUUAGAAAUUUCUUAUGUUUAUAAAAUGAAUAUUGUGAUAUAGAUUGAUGACUGUUUAACAAAGUCUCAGCAUUUCACUUAAAUGAAUUUUUUUAAUAGAAACUUUAAGUUCAAUUUUCUCAUUUUCAUAACUUUAUACUUGAUAUACUAAUUUUGACAAAUAUUACAAACUCCCCUUAUAAUCCUGCUUUGUACAGAUUUAUUAUAUACAAUACAUUUUCUUAAAGUAAUAUCCAUUUUAUAUUGUAUUAAAAUGACCAUAUUUCUUAUUAAAAGAAGAGCAUUUAUCAGUCUUCUUAGCGUUCCUUAAUGCCUUGCAGUGUGUCACUCUCCUAGCUAUCUCAACAUCUUCGUCAAUAUGAUAAUGAUCAGGCAGCACUUUAUCUUUAUUUAACAUCUAUUUUCUUUGAGAGUAAAAUUAGUUGGAAUUUUGACAAAUUAGAAAUCACAUUCUGUGAUUUCUAAUUUGCCAUAGGGACUUGAGUCCUCCCUAAAAAAAUGUAGAGGCAAAGUCCAAAAAUCUUCAUUAUUGAGAAAUAAUUACUCCUCCAUUUUUUUAAAAAAUUCAAAUUGAAGGUUCUGAAAAAAGAUUCAUUUUUAUGUAAAAAGCAACAAAAUUUUAGUCUUUGUUUAUAAUAAAAAAUUACCGGGAAAAUAAUUUUAUAUAAAGAGGUAAUUUGCAUGUUUUUGAAACUAUUCCAAUCACUAUGAGCUUUAAAUAUUAAUCAUAGAUGACUAUUUAAUGUUGAAGACCAUUCAAAUAUAUUCAUAAUAUAUUCUACAUAAUUGUUAAAUAGGCACUUAAUGUAAAUAAAAUUUAUAAUGUAAUAGAUUUUUACUUUUGAUUAGCUUUUAAAUUUGCUUCAAGCAACAUUAAUUACCUCUGCAAUUAGAAAUUAUAUUUUUUGAUAAACUAUACACAAUGUAU